AAAUUACUGUCCCUAUCCAACUCCAUCUGCCGUCCUUUCAAAUCUAUGCAUAGACGUAAUUAUCUGCUCUAUGAUCCACAGGCUCGGUCUGGAGGAGGAGUAAGCUGUGGCUACGAUGCUUACGGCCCAGGUUCGAAUCUCAUUGGUGCUGCUGAUCGCCUCACCUGA